AUGUUAUUAGAGAUAUGCAUUUUAUUGGGAUUAUAUGAAAAAGUCAUAUGCUCAAUUAUACCUGACACCCUAACCCCAUUUCGUACACCAUUAAAUAAGGAGUGUUACGAUAGUGAACAGUCCGGGAAGUUAGAUCAAGGAUAUUCUGGCUUCAAGAUCAGUAAAGUUUACAAAUUUCACACAAAUCCAAUCAACUUUACAAAUUACUUGCAAGUGGUUUAUUGUCAGAGUGGGAAAAAAAUAUGGGAAAAGAGUGAUCAAGUAGACGUGGAUGAUAUGCAAUGGGAGGUACCUUUGGAGGUUAAUUUUGACGAAGGGAAGUGGUUUUUCAGCUUUGUAAAAAGAGACGUUUACAGGCAAAAGAAGUUUUCUCUGUUUUUACCGGGGACCUGGGUGGGUGGUUUUUUUCUUUGUGCAGACACGCAGUGUAAACGGAACGAAAUUAUACCUUUAAUGCCUUUGUAUGCCGAUGAUUAUCGAAACCACUGGAAAGAAGUCAACGUAAAGAACAAAUUUCACAAGCUUGAAGUUACCAAAACUGUACCGUUUUUAAAGACUCCUCUGGAUAAAGUCGACCUUCUAAAAUUAGUCUCUGAAAGAGGAAGUACUCCGGGGGUAAAACAGAAUACUAGCACGAUUCCUGCAAAACUACAAAGAUACAAGGAACGGUUUUUGCGAAAAAUGGGAAUUACAAAUCUAAGAACGAAACCAGACAGUGAGUGGACCAGUCAUUUCACUUCAGAAUAUGAGGACCGAGAACAAGAAGGUUCAGAUGAGACUCGAAAGAAUAUCGAUACUGCGGUUGAUAUUUUCGCCGAAUAUGCAGACAAACCACAUCAGUUAGUUAAAGAAUGGUUGGCGAACGGUACCAAUAUGUCGUUUCCAAAGUGGAUUCGAUCAGGAGUGCAUAAAGUGGGGAAGAAACUCUUUCCAAUCAUCGAUCUUUAA